UUCCGGUGAGCUGGGCCCGGAAGCGCAGUGUCCGGGCUGCGGGAUUGCCGGCGCCUGGUCCCGUUCCUGUUGCUGCCGGGGCGUGGUCGCUGCGGGCCGAGCUCACGCGCGCCAGCCAUGGAGGGGCAGCGGGUGGAGGUGGACGGCGGCAUCAUGGAAGGGGGCGGCCAGAUCCUCAGGGUCUCCACCGCCCUGAGCUGCCUCCUGGGCCUCCCUUUGCGCGUGCAGAAGAUCCGCGCGGGCCGCAGCACGCCGGGCCUCAGGCCUCAGCAUUUGUCUGGACUGGAAAUGGUUCGAGAUUUGUGUGAUGGGCACCUGGAAGGGGCGGAAAUCGGCUCGACAGAGAUAACCUUCACCCCAGAGAAGAUCAGAGGUGGAAUCCACACAGCAGAUACCAAGACAGCAGGGAGUGUGUGCCUCUUGAUGCAGGUUUCAGUGCCCUGUGUUCUGUUUGCUGCUUCUCCAUCGGAACUUCGUUUAAAAGGCGGGACUAAUGCUGAAAUGGCACCACAGAUUGAUUACACCACGAUGGUUUUCAAGCCAAUUGCUGAGAAAUUUGGUUUCAAAUUUAAUUGUGACAUUAAAAUGAGGGGCUAUUACCCAAAAGGGGGUGGUGAAGUGAUUGUCCGAACGUCACCAGUUAAACAGUUGGACCCAAUAAAUCUGACUGACCGUGGCUCUGUGACUAAGAUUUAUGGGAGAGCUUUUGUUGCCGGUGUUUUGCCAAUAAAAGUAGCAAAAGAUAUGGCAGCGGCGGCUGUGCGAUGCAUCAGGAAGGAGAUCCGGGAUCUGUAUGUGAGCAUCCAGCCUGUGCAGGAGGCCAGGGACCAAGCCUUCGGCAACGGGAGUGGAAUCAUCAUCGUUGCUGAGACAUCCACUGGCUGCUUGCUUGCUGGGUCAUCACUUGGCAAAAGAGGUGUGAAUGCAGACAAGGUUGGAAUUGAAGCAGCUGAAAUGCUAUUAGCAAAUCUUAGACAUGGUGGUACUGUGGACGAAUAUCUACAAGACCAGCUGAUUAUUUUCAUGGCACUGGCCAAUGGAAUUUCCAGAAUAAAAACAGGACCAGUCACACUCCACACACAGACUGCUAUACAUUUUGCUGAACAACUGGCGAAGGCCAAAUUUACUGUGAAGAAGUCAGAAGAGGAAGAAGAUGCAUCUAAGGACACUUACAUCAUUGAGUGUAAAGGAAUUGGGAUGGCAAAUCCACAUCUCUAGGGUGUUUCCAUAAACUGUAGCUCCGGGUUGCACUAACUUAUUUCAUACAUGCUGCAGCACAGUGGAUACGAAGUAAGACAUUACAGGACUGACUCAAGUAGGAGAUGAGGUAUGGUACUUGCAGUUGCUGAGAAUGCUUCAUCAUGUUAUGCUUACCUUGAAUAUCUCCUGAAAUAUAGACAGUGAAGUAAGACUUGAGGAAUAUGUAUAAUAGUCAGUUUAAAUAUUAAAGUAUUGAAAUAAAAUGUUGUUUAUAUUCAA